AUGAGAACCCACACAGGAGAAAGACUUUACAAGUGUGGCCACUGUGACUAUUCUGCUGCACGAAGAUCUGCUUUGGAAGAACAUCUGGCAAAACACACCGAUAAGUCUACUUUGGUCAAACACAUACGAAAACAUACCGGUGAGAAACCCUACAUGUGUGGGGAGUGUGGGCAUAGGACAGCCGAAAAGUCUGACUUAGCCCGACAUAUGCGGACGCAUACAGGUGAAAAACCCUACAAGUGUGACCAGUGUGACUUUUCCGCCGCAGAGAAGUCCACUUUGGACAGGCAUCUAACAAAGCACACCGGUGAGAAAUUCUUCAUGUGUGAGAACAGCAACUUGACGGUCUAA